CGUAAAGAGAAGAAUAGUAAUAAUUUGAUUCGCCGUUCCAUUUCAAAAAAUCGAAAUUCGUCGUCGGAGCUAUUUCAUAUAGUGGUGAAUUCUGUAUUUUAGAUGUCGAGUAGCUCGGGAAGUCUCUCAGGACGCAGUAGCUCGGCUUGUAGUUCCACAAGUGAUUGCCAAAACAACUCCUUUGAUGCUGAAGAGCUUCUGCAGAUUGGUUCAAGACGCAUGGAGCUAAGGAAAGAAAAGGACAUGCUGAGAGAAUCGCAGCCUCAUAGUAUCGAACUUGUCAGAAGUUUGGAACUUCACACGAAGUCAUUGUCCAAGUCUCGCUUAGAAGACAGAGCCAGAAUUCAAACCAUGGAGAAAGAGUUGUUGAGUUGCUAUAAAGAGAUUGAUUACUUGCGAGAUCAACUUAUUUUUAGAAGCAAGGAAUUGAGUUAUCUCAAUGAGCAUGUGCACAAUCUUGAAUGCAAAUUGGCUGAAUCAAGGAACGUGGAAGAAGAAGUUGACUCUUUGAGAGAGGAUCUGUGUAUGUCUAAAUCCGAGCAUCUGUUGUUGUUGCAAGAGCUCGAGAGCAAAGAGACAGAGCUCCAGUGUUCGUCUCUUUCUGUAGAGAAACUAGAGGAGACCAUCUCGUCCUUAACGUUGGAGUCCUUGUGUGAAAUAGAAAGCAUGAAGCUUGAUAUAACAGCGUUGGAGCAAGCACUCAGUGACGCAAUGAAAAUACAAGAAGAAAGCAUCGAAGAAAAAGAAUACCUGAAAAGGAUAAUCAAAGAGAUCCAGUUUCAGUCUCAAAAGGCAGAAGAGAAUGCCAAGUCCUUUGAGAAGCAGAACGAAGAUCUCAGGGAGAGAAUCGCCGCCUCUGAGAAGAGUAUCAAAGAGUUUUUUCAAAGUGCUAAAUCACGGUUUGAAAGUGAGAAUGGUCAACAACACCUAAAUGCAGAGUGCUUCCUCGCUGAACUGAGCCAUGUAUUGGUAGCGUCUAGUGAAGUUAGGGAAUGUUUCGAUGCAAUCAUAAAGAAACUAGAACUUUCCCGGAACAUAACUUUGAUUGAUAAAAUGGAGGGCAUGGGGCAACAGAUACAGCUGCACGAAGAUCUUGUGAUGCGGCUGAAGGAGGACCUGAAACAGGAGAAACUGAAGGCGAAGGAAGAAGCUGAAGAACUUACGCAGGAAAUGGCUGAACUAAGGUAUAAGAUGACAUGUCUGCUCGAGGAAGAACGAAAACGCCGUGUGUGUAUAGAACAAGCAUCAUUACAGAGAAUUGCAGAACUAGAAGCUCAGAUCAAGAGAGAGACAAACAAGCGCUCGUCCACUGAUAUGCUACCUCUUUCCGGGUUAUGAAAAUGCCAUGAGCUUUGAUGUAAAGUCAGCUAUCUUCACAUGUCUGAGUCUCGUCCAUGGUUUUCCGCAUAGCAACUGCUCUAGUAUGCUUGGAAGGUGAUUGAAAACCGGGAUCUAAAUCACACAUCAAACCACAGGAUGGUCAGGAGUCCAGAGACUUGAAAUGGCUGGACCGCUGGAGAGACGAACAACAUAGGUCUGAGUUAAAUCAUUUGAUUACAUGUGUGGAAGAAUUUACUUUAGAGAUUGUUUAUUUUAGCACUUUUAGAGUACCAUAAUUUGCUUGGAACAUAGAGAACAAAAGUGGGACGUACUCAUCUUUGUUUAUCGAACCACGAAGAUGCUUCCUUCUU